AUGUCGUCCACUCAGGAUCUCGUGGGCUCUGUCCAGGAGCAUAUUGCGACCAACCGUGCCCAUUGGCAUACGCGCGAGUUCACCUCAAGUUCACUAGGGAAGACCAUCUCCGCGAUCCAUUUUGUCGCCGAUCCCAACGAGAGGAACGAGGGCGCUGGCGAUGUUCCUCCGACCAACCACUGGUCGAUUUACCUCCAGCUCGACGAUGCUUCUUCCGUCCGCCUGGAGGUGAUCCCCCUCGACGUUUCUGCGCCCGGUGUGGUUGUCUUAACCGACAAACCCUACGGCGUCGAGAAGAACGCCGCUUGCGUGGUCACCGUCAGCGUGUCCGAGGGAAUUACCCUUGCUCACGUUCUCAAACCCAUUGUCGACAAGCGCCGCGACCGGUAUCAGUUUGAUGCCGUUGGCCAAGGAUGCCGAAUGUGGGCGUUGACGCUCGCGUCCGAUCUUGUCGAGGCCGGCGUCCUCGACGUUCAGUCAAAAAAGGAGUUCAGUGACGCCAUCCUUCUCUAUUGGCCAUACCCUCCCGGCACAGCGCCCUACCCAAGGGUCAUUGAUCAGGGUGUGUUCUUUUAG